AUCGACCACCCAUCACGAUGAUGACUUGAAUUCUGCACAUCAUUCGGAACAUGAAAAUAAUUCUCAUCACUAUGUACAUUCACUUAGUAACAACAACAACAGAUGGUAGUGGCAAUGAACAAAAGCUGAGGAUAUGUAUGAUUUCCGAUUUCUUUUAUCCAGGCUUUGGAGGAGUAGAAUCACACAUCUAUUGUAUAUCAACAGGAUUAAUUAAAAGAGGGCACAAGGUUAUUGUCAUUACAACAUCCUAUGAUGAUCGGAAAGGUGUAAGAUAUUUAACGAAUGGAAUUAAAGUUUAUUACAUUCCUGUAUUUAAAAUUAAUACAUCUGCUGGCAGUGCAACAUUACCGUUCAUCUUUACUUCUUUACCACUGUUGAGAAAUAUUCUGAUCAGGGAGAGAAUUGAAAUUGUGCAUGGACAUCAAUGUACAUCCAAUGUUUGUAAUGAAGGACUCUUACAUGCAAGAACCAUGGGACUGAAAUGUUUUUUCACUGAUCAUUCAUUGUUUGGAUUUGGAGAUGAAGGAGGAGUACACAUCAAUAAGGUUUCUAGGUUUGUAUUGAGUGAAGUGGAUCAUGUAAUUUGCGUUUCACAUACGCUGAAGGAAAAUCUGACCCUUCGAGCAUCUUUGAAUCCAUUCAAAACUACUGUCAUACCACAUGCUGUAGAUACGAACGUAUUCAAACCACUUAGAACGCACCCACCAAGAAGGGAUGAAAGACUUAAAAUUGUAUCAACAUCAAGAUUAGUUUACAGGAAGGGAGCGGAUUUGCUGAUUUCUAUCAUUCCUGUAAUUUGUACAAAGUACCCACAUGUGGAUUUUAUCAUUGCUGGAGAUGGACCAAAUUUAAUUGAAAUGACUGAAAUGAUUGAAAGAUAUGAACUAUUUGACAGAGUGGAAUUAUUGGGAGCAAAACCUUAUCAUGAGAUUCCUAGCGUUCUUCAAAGAGGUCACCUCUUCUUGAAUACAAGUCUAACUGAGGCAUUUUGCAUGGCAAUUUUGGAAGCAGCUAGUUGUGGACUUUUUGCUGUCAGUACAAAUGUUGGUGGAGUAAGGGAAGUAUUGCCAGACAAUGACAUGGUUUUAUUGGCAAAUCCAGAUCCACUCUCUUUAUGCGAAGCUAUGGAAAAAGCCAUUGAAUGUCAUGUUUAUAAUACUGACCCAAUUCAAACGCAUGAACGUGUAUGCGAAAUGUAUAAUUGGGAUAAGGUAGUUGCAUGUACAGAAGCUCUAUACGUAGAAUCCAUGCAUACAUGUAAGGAGAGAGGCCUAUUGGAAACCAUCACAUCUUACAACUCUGUUGGUUUCUUCCAUGGAAAAAUUAUUGGACUUCUUACAACUCUGGACUAUCUAUUUUAUCAAGCUCUUGAAUACAUGUAUCCCAGAGAGGAAAUAGAUGUAUGCCCAGAAUUUGGUCCUUUCUACCUUAAAGAUGUUAACGAUUAA